AUGGAGGGCUUGAAGCACUGCCAACACUGUGCGCCUCUCAGCAGCAGCACAUCGCUGGAAGCCAUGGAGAUCCACGACCUGAGAGAGGUGGAAAAACAGUUGCUGUGUGAGGGACGCGCGCGGGAUUCCAAGGCGCCGAGGCCCGCAGAAGGCGACGACUACGACGAAGAUUCCUUCCCGCCUCACUGGGCUUCUUCCACCUCUGACUGUCACCGGGUGCACGAAAGCAACACCCGGAGACCUCCAUCCCUUCCCGCCCUCCAGGCCCACCCCACCCCCACCCCCGGGCGACGACCACCGCCAGGUCCCCACCCCCACAUCGCCUUCGACGACAUGAUGGACGCAAGCACCACGCCCUGGUGGACACCCGAGCCCGCCGCGGGACCCAGCCCAGCCAAGCGCCGCCGAUUGGACCAGCCCGGGCCGCCACCGCAGCCGCCCAGCCUGGAAGAUCCCUCCAAGGGGACCCCGGCCCACGCCGACGCCCAGGCCGGCCUCACCUCCCUGGUGGUCCUGGCCACCGGCUGCGCCCUGCAGGUACCCCUAGGCCACGUCGAUCUGGUGCUGGAGCCCCCGCCGGCCUCGGUGCUCACGGUGGACCUCCAAGGCCACAGGCUGAUCCUCAUCCCCCAGGACCUCCUGGGCCUCACCCCCCAGGGGCAGCCCGGGGUCUCAUCCGACGACGACGAUGGCAGCGGCCUGCUGCUGGAUUCCUUGCUGGAUGCACGCCCCGAGGACGUCGUGGUCCAGCAGGGACUCUGCUGUGAGCCCGUCCCCGAGGUCGCCCGCCAAGAAGAGGCCUACGCGGAGGAUGCUGAAGAAGACACCGAAGACGCCGCCGAGCCCGACUUCCUGCAGUUGAGUUGGUCCAGUCCCGAGCCUGGAGAUCCCAGCCCCCAGCCUAGGGGUUCUUCUGCGGCGCCCACCCCGGAUCCAGACAGCCACAGAGCUCAGUCCAUCUUCAACCUGGACUUGCACCUUCUGAGGUCGUCAGUCCCCGGCUCACCGCUGCAGCCGCUGCCUCCGUCUCCCAGCCCGAGUUCGAAUCCCACCGGCAGACCGAGUCUCCCCGUGCGCCCUGCGCAACCUCACCGCCCUGCAUCCAAGGCCCGGAGACGCCUGUUCUAA